AUGCUUGCUUCGGUGGAUAUCGUUUUAGAAGAACAGAGAGAUGAUCAGAAGAAAGAUGUUCAGAAGGAAGAUCUACCAUCGAUUCCUUCAUAUCAUACACGAAGUAUAGCCCGAGCAAGACAAGCAAGAGCCUUGUUUGUUUAUGUAACUGUUGACCUGGACAUUCAUUAUAACCCAUUACUGGAACCGUCAUACUAUCAGCAAAUAUAUACAUCGCCUGUCAAAGUAGGCGAAGGCAGUUUUGGACAAGUCUUUAAGGCUAGAAAUAGAUUCACCAACAUAAAAUAUGCGAUAAAAGAAUUCAGAAGAGGAAUAUCUACUAAAAUAAAAUAUGCUGAAAUUAGCAAUAACGAGAAGGUGGGGAUCCACCCAAACUGUGUGAAAUUUUAUAUGGCAUGGGAGCAGUGCGCGGAGGUGUACAUGGUAUUAGAGGCUUGCCAGAUGAGCCUCUCGGAUUUUGUAAAAAAGUAUACUAUAAAAGAGAAUACAUUGUGGGAUUGUUUGCUCGACAUUUGUAAGGCGUUGAAUUAUCUCCACGGCAAGUCUCUUAUACAUAGAGAUGUCAAAGCUUCGAACAUUAUGCUCUAUGGAACAUCCUUCAAGCUAGCGGACUUCGGCACGUUAGUUGAUCUAAAUACGCCACCUGAUAGCACAGACAUAUCACCAAAUCUCCUAGCAAAAUUAAAACCCUCACGGGACAUCCUGGAGUUAGGAUUAGCAUUCUCAAGGUUGGUUUCUGGAGUUAGCUGGUCCUCGCCCAUUACAGACGCAGCACUCGACACGUCUCCCAAAAGUAACCACAGUGCUGAAUUAAAACAGUAUGCUGCUUCAUUUCAAACGGUCAUCAAACGAAUGAUAGCCGUUGACUAUUUGUUGCCACCAACAGCAGCAGAAGUUCUAGAGUUUGAUGAACUGAAAGACGCCAUCGAAAGAUGGAAUAAAAACUUAAGAACCGUUUACACUACGGAGAAUUUAGCGGAUCUUGAGGAAAAGUUUUUUGUUUCUGCAGAACGAUGGGCACAAGAUGAUACUGCCAGUAAUCCACAACGUGACGCAUCACAACUUUUAAACUUACCUCAUUGUUCAAGGACAUUGAAAUAA